UUUUUUUUAGAACUAUACGAUACAAUACAGUGAACGCGUAAAAACGUAAUGUGUGUGGACAGUGAGUGCGAUGAACGGACAUCGAACGGGCGGUCAUCUAAAUUGAAAUGAUAGAGUGAUAUCGCGAUAUGAGUUUGCGUCGUAGAUCUGGUCUACAAGCAUCACUGAAAGAUUGCAAGCCAGAAAGGAGUCGUUAGCCGUACAAGUGUCCAUGUAAAAGUCAUUCACUUGAAUUCUUCCCCUUUGAAGUAUUUGUUGGAUGGUAUUGGACCCCAAGGUCACGAGUCUGCAUAGUGAUUACGGAAGCUUCGAUCGACCAUUGGGCGCCGGCGAGGGCCACGAGAGGGACGUCGAGGCGGCUGUUGAUGGAAGUAGCAACGGGAUGGCACAGUCGAGUGACGUUUAUCAACGGCAACCGUUAUUACCUGGCGCACCGGCCAAAGGCAAGGAUAAGUGGUCCGGAGUGGCAUCUGGCUCAGAUUAUUACGUAGACGAUGAAGACGAGAAGAUCGACGGUCUUGGACGACAUCCUGGUAUACCGAAUGGAUCUGGGAACGGUGUCGUCAAAUUGGACAUACCCGCACCUCUGCGCGAGGAGCCACGUUUCCCUAAGGAGAAAUGGAAAACGUUUAUUGCAUUUUUAUUCAUGGUCGUGAACUUCAUAUUAACCACGGCGUCCCUCGCUAUGGUGCACGAACGGGUGCCGGAUCGAAAUACGUACGGUCCUCUUCCGGAUGUGAUAUUGGACAAUGUCGCCGCACAGGAUUGGGCCCUCAACGUGUCGGAAGUUUUGAUUAUGAUUAUGUCCAACUCAGCGAUGGUUUUUAUUAUUUUUCAUAAGCAUAGGUUUAUCGUUGUCAGGCGAAUAUUUCUUUUGAUGGGGCUACUGUACAUGAUGCGAAGCAUCACGAUGUACGUGACAGUACUGCCGGUCGCCAGCAGAACAUACUACUGCAGCCCGAAAGCGAACAACACGAACCCACUUCUAAUUACGAAGAGGGUACUACAACUCAUCUCUGGCUUCGGCUUGUCUAUAAACGGCAAGCACACUUACUGCGGGGAUUACAUUUACAGCGGUCACACAGUUGUGCUUGUACUUAGUUACCUGAUUAUCAAGGAGUAUUCUCCGAGAAGAUGUCAACCGAUUCAUUGGCUGGCGGGCAUUGCUGUUCUUGUUGGGAUAAUUAUGGUAUUGGUGGCUCACGGACAUUAUACCGUGGACGUCCUCAUAGCAUACUAUGUAACUACACGCUUAUGGUAUAUUUAUCAUACGUUAGCAAAUAAUUCGCAUCUUAAGCAAUACGAACCAAACAACUUUUUGGCCCGACUCUGGUGGUUUCCUAUUCUUAAAUAUUUCGAGAAAAACGUGGGCGGCACGGUGCCACGACAAUAUGACUGGCCUUUACCCUGGCCUCGACGAUUCCUUGCCAAGCACCCUAAUCGGGACAGUUAAUGUCCAUCCUUCAGUUCACGAUAGAGGCUGUCAAACAACGGAGUUACUUUGUUGUAAUUUGUAUAUAUAUAAACAUAUAUGUAUACGUACCUAGGCUUACAAAAAAAUGUGAAGAUAAAGCUUUACUAGAAAGUGGUACGGGAUAUGUGUGUGUGUGCGUGCAAGCUUUUGUCAGUGUUAAUAAGCACGUCCGGGUCUCGGAACUUGACGAAAGUUUGCGGUGUUCACUUCCUUAAGAAAAGAAGAAAAACAACAGCAACAAGAAGAAAAAAACGAAAAAAAAAAACAAGAAAAAACUGUAAAACACGAACGAUAGUGAAAACAGAUGCUUGUACCGUCAUGUUCGUUAUCGUCCAAUCGCGAAACCUAUUUUUUUCUUGAUUUUGA